AAUUGAAUGUCAGAUCAGUUUCAAUUCCCCUCAUCCUUUCUACUCCCAAAUCAUUCCCAAAACAAUUGAGUAACCAGCACCAGCAACCAUAAUCGUUCCCUUCUCUUCUCUAACAAAAGCAUCACCAUCAUUAAGAACAAUCUGAAGAAUCAAAAUCUUAUCAUCUAUGCGAACGUCAUCUCUCAAAAUCGAACGUCUGAAUGUCAAUUUCAAAGCUACAAUUACUCAAUUGUUUCAUUGCUUAUAUUGAUUAUGCUGUGUUUUUGUUUUUGUUUAUGCUCCAAAUAAACCCCUUGUCAAUGUAUUUUAUCAAAUUACACAUACCUGGGAGGGUUCAGGUUAUAAGGGGUUUUACUAAAAAUGAAUAAAGGUCAAAAUGGCUCAAUGGGCUCACUUGCUCACUAUGUUUUUAUGGCGGUGGUGGUAAAGGCAUUGGUGGUGACGAGAAUAGGGCCUUUUGUUAUAGGACUUUAAUCUGUCUUCUUGUUAGAGCUUUACUAAGAAUAUGUGCUAUCACAUGGGCCGUGUUUAAUAUAGAUAAUUUGAAGUAGAGAAUUGUAAGAGCCACAUAAGAUGUAUAAUAAGCUAAACUUGAACAUUUAAAUAUAUUUCCUAACCAUGCUUGUAAAAGGUAACAAUAAUAAUACUUGACAAAGAUAACUAUUAACUAUCUUAUAUAGUAUCAACCUCAUCAAGAAGGAUUGUUUACCCCAACCAAUGAAAAUGUGUUUCUGGAAGAGCUCUUUUUGAAACGCCAAUGCGGCUUUAUAGACGCAGUAGCUGGAUUCGGAAUACGCCGCCAUCUGGUGGUUGUUUCAGGCGAGGCGACUGAGAAGAGAAGAGAGCGUUUCGGAGAUGGUGUGGGUCACGUUUGAGAUGUUAACCAAAACAAACCUACUUGGGAAAACUAACUGAUCUUGAAUCCUCCCUGCCAUUUUGGUAAAUCCAAGCAUUCAUAUCAAAAUCCAAUCUUUCUGCUUGCAUUGAAUCUAUACUGAUUAAAAUCAAGAAAGAUGCAAAGCAACACAACCUGUAGUGAUGAAGAAACAUAUCAAGUUAGAAAACUGGAAAUAACAGACAAGAACAAAGGCUUCAUGGAACUACUCCAUGAUGAGUUUCAAAAAAUUUGUGAUUCUGUAUCGAAUGAUGAGUUUCAAAAACGAUUCGAAGAACUCAAAUCAUACGGUGAUGAUCAUGUCAUAGGUGUGAUUGAAGACGUUGCGUCAUCAAAGAUUGUUGCAACUGGAAGUGUGUUCAUAGAAAAGAAAUUUGUAAGAAACUGUGGGAAAGUUGGACACAUCGAAGAUGUUGUGGUUGAUUCGAGUGCUAGAGGGUUGCAGUUAGGGAAAAAAGUUGUCGGUUUUCUUGCUGAUCAUGCUCGUUUGACGGGUUGUUAUAAAGUAAUUCUUGAUUGCAGUGCUGAUAACAAGGCUUUCUAUGAGAAAUGUGGAUUUAAAGAGAAAGAAGUUCAGAUGGUCAAGUUCAAAUUGUAUGAUAUUUUUUCCCACAAUUUUGUAGGUUUAAAAAUAACACAUGUGCAGCUACAGAUUUCUUUAAUUAUUAUUUUGUUGAAUGCUUUGAUUAUAACAAGAUUUGUUAUAUGA